AUGCCCCAGUCCGACAAGGGGUGGUCUUGUGCGAAGCUUAGUGAUGAGCAGGCGUCGUCGGUGUUGGAGCAGAUGAAGGUCGACUUGAAGCCGGGCAAUGCGAGGGCGACCAAGGUGACAGGGGCCAUGCUCUUGAGGGAAUUCUUUACGCUGCGUGUUGCUCCUCUUCAAGCGCGUGCGCGCCCCUUGUGGAGGCUUGGAGACGAAGAGGACAAGAUUCGCCUGAGCCCGGAGGCCUUGCCCGACAAUGAGUUGUCCGCAGUUUUGCGCCUCUUGGUCGGGGACAACCAAGAGCCGCUGCCUUCGGCGAAGAAGAGGAAGGGGGAUGCUGCGGCCGCGCCCCCCUCCGCGGAGAAAGGAGGCGACAGCACUCGAACCUCCCCGGCCCGGUCGCCCUCGCGAGACCAGGAGGAGCGUCGUCAUGAGGAGUCAGCCCCCGAGGUCCCGCUGGCUCCGGAAGUGCCGAUGUCCGGCUCGGCUGCCGAGGUUCCAAAAGCUCAGGAGCCCUUGACUGCGACGGCCUUCGAGAAGGAGAAGCAGGCUGGCACCAAGGCUGCGGCUGAUCGCGAGGCGGCGCGGAAGGACGCCGAGGCCGCCCCCGACCGCUAUCGGGCGCUGGAGGACGAGCUAAAGAGCCUGCGCGACCAGCUCGUGGAAGAAGCUCGUGGCCGCCAGGCUAAGGAGGAGGAGAUGAGGGCUCGGGAGGACGCCAUCAAGGACCGUGACACCGAGCUGGGGGAGUUGGCGAAGACGCAGGCCACGGAGCGCGGCCGGCUGGAGGAGCUGGAGCGGAAGGUGAAGGUGAAGGAGGUCGAGCUUGACGCCAAGGCGAAGGUCCUGCCCGAAGACCGCGCGGCCUUCUCGCUCCUCGAGGAGAGGUCCCGCGUGGCACUGAAGGCGCUCGAGGAAGUCGUGGACGGUAUCGGCCCCAUGGCGGAGGCAGAGGCUUGCGUCCUUUCUUCAGCCGCGCUGACGUGGAUCUUCAGCCACCUGCACCUUCGUGACCCUGGCGCUCGUCUUGACGAGCUGCUGGAGCGUGUAGCCGAUGAACACUACACGGCUGCCGCCGCAGCCGUGAAAGGUCAGGUGGAGGCCCUGCUGAGGAAGUUCUGCGGCUUCACUUCCAUGCCUUCGACCGAAGGCGCCGCCACUCCUGCAGCUCCGGCCGGUGGCCCAGACGAAGGCGACGCCAUCAAGGGAGGAGUGCCUCUUACGGGCGUCGAUGGUGUUCAAGGAUGA